UAACACUAUUAUGUUAUAAGCUCGACAUUAGAAUUGGUGUUGAUGGAGCCAUUCCUUCUCCAUUGUCCCCAUUAUUGUACACCCAACAAGGUCUUAUCAACUUGUCAUAAGUAUGACGUCUUUAACAAAUAUCCAACUCACGACUGCCACCUGAAAAAUCCCGGGAGGAAGCCAUUCUUGUUGAGUAUAAGUGGUGAUAGCAGGAGAUUGUUAUCAAGAACAGCAGUUUCAACAGCAGGAGGAGGAGGAGGAGUUCCACUUCCACCGCUAGAUUUGACUGAAGAUAACGUUAGACAAGUCAUAGCCGAAGCUCGCGUUGAGCUGGCACAGCUCUUUGACACUUCUGUGGGCAUUACAGGAGUUGUUGAACUAGCUGAAUUGGAUGGACCAUUUGUGAAGAUUAGUCUCAGGGGUCGGUUUUGGCACAAACGUUCCACUGUUGUUGCCAGACUUGGCAAUUAUUUGAAGCUGAGGAUCCCUGAAAUCUUGGAGGUGGAUAUUGAAGAUGAGAAACAAUUGGAUGACAGUCCAGAAAACUUUUGAGCAUUCAAUGCUGUUUUCUUCAAAUGUUAACACUUCCAUUUGCAUUUAGUCCUCUCAGGAAAUUCAGCUUUUACAUUUGAUAGCAAUGUCAACAAGAGUUCAUUCCUGAAGCCUGAAGGUGCAUCAACAAGGCCUUUUAAGAACUUAGAACGAAAGUGUACAGUUGUCUUGGACUGGCCAGUUUUGUUCUGGCGAUGCUGACGUUUUUCCAGGAAUGUUUCUAGUUUUGCAACCAGUUGAUUAAGAAAAAUGACUCUUCGACGCUACCCAGUAUGAAAACCAUAUCAAUCUAUAACUUUUUGCAUGAACAUACUAAAUACAAAACAAGUAAAAUACAUUUAAUUACAAACACUACUAACUGAGCCUCUUGCCAAUGCUGAAGGGGAUUUUGUUUCCAUUUUUUCCUCUAGUUUCGGUUGAUAAGUUAAACACUUGAAAUAAUCAUCAGAACCAUUCCAGAAUUACAU